AGUCAUUGCUCAAUAAAAAUAGCAUGUAAUGUGUAAUUUCCCAAUAUAUAUUUUGCAAAACAUUACAAAUAAUUAGGGCACAUAAUGGAUAUUCCUUAUGGAAAAAUUGUCAUUUAUUGUUUAACGUUUAUAGCCUAUAUUUAUUUGGGUUUUGGGUCUGGCAUAUUAGANGAAUACACUUAUUUUGCGGCCAAUUGUUCGGCCACCGUUUUGGCCGUGAUCAAAGGAUGGGAUCCGCUACCUUUUAGUAUUGAUUCAGCUGCCUGCUGGGUGGCGAAUUUUGUGUCAGCUCCUAUGUUUUUGGUCAGAUUUAUUUUCGACGCCAAACGACGCGCCAGUUCGAGCUUGUCGAGGGCCGACGCCAUGCCCACCGUACUGGAAUUUUUGUUCCUCUUCAAGAAUGAUAACGUGCUGCUCAACGUCCUUGCAAACGACGGAACGACCUCCUACUUGGACCUCGAUUGGACGCAAAAGAAUUCGACGGGCAAGGGCCUCCAUCUGACGUGGAAAAGUCGCGCUAAACAUAACCGUCUGACGAUCAGGACGAACAAUUUCAAGAGUAUUCAUGAAGUUUUUGACGCAGCUGUAGAAGAAAAUUGUGUUUUUAAAUGCCCUACUGCAGGAGUCAAACCUGUGCCAAAUAGAAAUCAUAUCCCAAAAGGUAAUGGCUGUGGCUCCUUGGGAUUAAAAAUUGAUAGCCAGUAUCUACCAGUUGGAGAGAUGACUAAGUGUUGUGAUCAGCACGACAUUUGCUAUGACACUUGUAAUAAGGACAAAGAAUUAUGUGAUCUAGAAUUUAGAAGGUGUUUAUAUAAGUACUGUGAAUCAUAUAAGCCCACAGUUGGUGAAACUAUCGUGAAAACUUGUAAAGGGGCAGCUAAAACCUUAUUUACUGGAACAAUGGCCCUUGGCUGUAAAUCAUACCUAGAUGCCCAAAAAGAAGCAUGCUACUGUCCUCCAACUUACGGCUGGAAGCAGAAGAGGAAGAAAUAUUCUGCAGGUGAUGAAUUGUAAAUUGUAAUCAUCUUGUGAUGCUGUAUUUAUUUCUUUAUUUAAUUUAUGAAUUGGUUAAUUGUAUAAAAUAUUAUGUUUCAUAGACAUUAAUGAAUAGAAUAGAACAGUUUUA